AUGCCCCAAUCAACGCAAAAUUUCGCCCCGGAUCCGUAUAAUGACGCCUACGAUCCUCGGCUGGACCUGUCGUCGCUGUCUGACGAAAAUGAUCUGGACCAAACCACCAGCUCGCUCGAGUACUUGGUCGAGUCAGACCCUGAAAUCCCGGAAAGCCUUUCCUUCCAGAGAAGCCCUCGGUUAUCCGUGCGCCUUCCUGCGGUGCGGAACUCUUUGCUGGCUUUAUAUGUAGAUGAUACUUCGUCUGGUGUUGUAGGUGAUGACGAUUCUCGCGGCGACAGUACUGCUAGUACCGUGCCGGGGUUGACCUCGGGUGUGUCUGGGCUCAGCGUACUUUCCAGCGCAUUCGAACGUACAGAUCCAGUGUUGGGCCCGGGUGACGUGUCGGCAAAUGCGGCUCUGCUACCUCCUUCCAUCUUUCGGGACCUGUUGGAACGGGUGAGGUUGAGCAGGUCAACGCCACUGGAUCCUAGGCGCUACUCGUAUUCCAGCUACGCGAGCUUCGCGGGUGGGCCGCCUGUGCGUAUUUCUCGGGCCUCGUCUUCUUCGGUUGCCAGUGUUCACUCGCCGCCCUUGACAAGUGUCAUAAGCGCUUUGGCAGAUUCUCAGGAGCUACCCCCGAAUUAUUUCGUGGAGUUGAUCAAUGCGGAUGGGUUCAUUUUGAGUGUGGCAGCUCCGAAUAGGCGUUCGUCCGCUGCAAGUCUUGACUCUCCCCGAGAUAAUGCUGUCCCACUAUUUCGUCAGAACGCCAUCAGACACAAACGACAACCGCACCUGGAGCAUGUAUCCACUGAAAGGAUUGCAGAGUUACAUCUUCAUUACUCCAAACUUCUUCGAUCCAUAAGCAAGCCACGCAUUUACCGAAACAAGAUUCCCUUUUCAACCAGUCUUGUCAGCUUCAAAGCUCCGCAAACCAUCACCUUGCCCUUUGGGAAGAACACUGGGAACUUGGAUAAGAAACUCGCCAAGUUUUUGAAACAGAGAGCAAAGCAGAAUAGCUCUGGGCUCCGUAAACUCGUCCCCUUAGCUCACUCUGACAUUCCUGCCCCUUGCAAUAAUCUUAAAAGAGCCUCUGCCGAGCUCAAAGAAAGCAGAAAAAAGAAGAGAAAGGUUCAAACUCGUGAAAAAAUGCCGACCCAAAACUCUACCAGAGCAGACACUUUACUUGGCUCGGGACUUGCAAUUGAAGAGCGAUUCGUCCCAUCUACAGACAAAGAUCGUAUCAUGAACGGCUUUUUCUGCUCCUACGUAUCUGACGGCGCUUCUUUCUACAUUCCUUGUGUGGAAGAUUCGAAUACACCUCUUAACAUGGACCUCCGUCUUUCGCGAGUUGAUUUUGACAAGAAACAAAUUCAUGGCAUCAUACUGUUCAAUGAGAGAGACAAUGCUUGUUCAGCAAUUAAAAAUAUGAUUCUGUUUCUCCUGUUUCUCGGCGGUUCCGAAUUCUUGGCAAUGAAAGACUCGCAAGUUCUAAUUCAAAAAAGACUCUCCAUCAUUUGUGAAGCUUUAGAUACUUCUGCAGCAACACUCACAAGUAAUGACUUAGUUGACAUCACAAGCUCUCUCAAGAUAGAAGUAUCUGGAAACAUUCUAGAUUUUAAAGAUCACGACUUCAGAUUUCUCCUGAAGAUCUAUCCCGAUGCCAAAACGCCCAGCACGGUUCACGAGAACCCACUGCUAGAUGUUGAAUUUGAAUUAUCUCAAUGGCUUAAGAUCAGGCCGUUCUUCAAUUUUGCAGAGGCAAAGUUCUAUGAGACAUUGGUCAAUGUGGAUCGCUACCUCCGCUUUGCUAAGAAACUGGGAAAUAACGACGCCAUAAACACCAACUUCGCCGAAACUUUGAAGAAAAGAGUUCAUGAGUUCAUGGAGACUUACGGAUUCAUUAAAGACACCGAACUUCCCUACGAACAUCUCAAGAGUGAGUUGAGAGGAAGGGAUAGAGCCCACAAAUCCGGAAUUCUCAGUUCAUGGGACAAAAAACUAGCUGAAGAAUUUUGCAACAUGGUCGUUACGGAGAAGAAAAAUCUUAUCAAUGUGCAAUUGAACUACGUGCUAUUUACAUUGCAACUAGAUGCCUUCAAGGUCAUGGAUCAUCUAUUUACAGACAUAUUGGCCCACAUCCAUGACAAAGAACAACAGAAAUUCUUCCACGAAAUGUACAGUGAAGCUGGAACAUCCGAUGACAGUGCUGCUGCUCGGAAAGUGGUUUUUGUUUGCUCUGUGAAUCGCAAAACUGGAGAGUUGCACAUUCACAAUACGAGGCCAAUGUUCGAUUACCGAAUGAUGGAAGUAUUAAAGCAAUGUUGGCGUGAAUACCAUCUGCCAGACUUCAGAUCUAGUGCUGCUGCGAUAUUGAACCAGUCCCAAUGGGGGAACAUAAAGCUUAAAGAUCCAGAGGCAGCUGGAGUGCCAACAAAUCUACAAGGAUUUUGGCGCCGAGAAGCUGGUGCAUCCACAGCCUCCAACAGGGAUAGCUUGUGUGGCAAUUACUCUAUUGCUUGA